CGGCUUGUAGUUGUGGCCCAAACAAGCCAAGCGUCAAAGCGUGCGUGCGCGGUGGUGCGUGCUGUUGCGGCAACUUUAUACACUUGACAUCGAGUGUUUUAAGAUGGCGGACAAUAACGAGAAGCUGCUGGCUGAACUUUUGAAAAAGCCUGGAAAUAACGCCUGCGCCGAUUGCGGAGCCAAAAAUCCAGAAUGGGCUUCUUACAAUAUAGGAAUAUUUGUAUGCACACGAUGCGCUGGAGUGCACCGUUCGAUGGGGGCACACAUUUCAAAAGUUAAACAUUUAAAACUUGACAAGUGGGAAGACUCCCAAGUAAAUCGAGUAAGAGAAGUAGGAAAUGCAGCAGCGAGAUUGCAUUAUGAAGAAAGAGUCCCACCAUGCUAUCGAAGACCAAAUCAAGAUUCACCUCAGGUGUUAAUAGAACAAUGGAUUAGAGCAAAGUAUCAACGAGAAGAAUUUUGUCAUCCAGAGAGACAAAAUCAUUAUGUUUCAGGUUUUAUGGAAGGAUUUCUAAUGAAGCGUGGUAAAGAAGAUGCUAGAUAUCAGCCGCGAAAGUUUGUGCUAAGUGAGGCAGAUGAUACCUUAAAGUAUUAUGUUAAGGAAAAUAAGGAACCAAAAGCAGUAUUGAGGAUAUCAGAAUUAAACGUAUCCUUUGCUCCUCCUAAAACGGGGAAUCAAAAUAGUCUUCAAAUUUCAUUUAUGAAAGAUGGAACGACUCGACAUAUAUAUGUCUAUCACGAAGACCCUGAAAUUAUUACAAACUGGUACUUAGCUAUCAGAUGUGCAAAAUUACAUCGAUUGCAAGUUGCUUAUCCAGGUGCAAGUGAAUCAGAAUUACUUUGUCAGUUGUCAAAAGAUUUUCCGCGAGAAGGCUUCCUAUGGAAAACAGGACCACGACAAUCUGAUUCGUAUAAGAAAAGAUGGUUUACAUUAGAUGGUCGUAAAUUAAUGUAUCAUGAUGAUCCAAUGGAUGCUCAUCCUAAAGGAGAAAUAUUUUUGGGACACACUUCUGAGGGCUAUGCUGUCAAGAUGGGAGUACCUCCAGGUUUUCGUGAUCAAUGGUUUUCUUUUACUCUUGAAACCCCUGAUCGAAAUUAUUUACUUUCUGCUCAAAGUGAAGAUGACAGAGCCCAAUGGAUGAACGUUUUCCAAAAAGUUAUAGAUAAACCUUUGACACCACAAGAUGCAAAUGUGGCAGCACGUCUUGUAAGAAAGCGUACCACAAGUGGUUCAAUAAAUAUAUUUUCAUCGUCAAGGUAGGGCUGGGCCUUAUCUAGGUAGGCAACAAAAAUAAUUAACUAAGCAUCGUUCUAUUCAAUUAAAUGAUAAAUUAUAAGAUAGAAAAACAAAUUUUUAUAAAGAUGAUAUUAGAAAAUUUUGAUGAAACUGAAGUAAGCUGUUUGAAUUUUUUUAAAACGCACAAAUUAUUGGGAACUUUUUGCAUAUACACCAAGCAAUAUUCUCAAAUAUUAAAUACUUACAUAAUGCAGAUGUUAAAUUUGCAAUAUUUAAUAUUCAACAAGUUUUAAUUCACCGCUAAUACUUCAGUAUUUUGUAACUCUUUUAAAUGUAAAUUGUUAGAGUAUUGACUAAAUACUCAAAUUGUGCACAAGAGGUCUCAAAAAAUAUUUGAUGACAUUAGGCUGAGAUUAAGAAAUUUUAAUCAACCAUAUAUACAUUUUUACAUAAUAUUACUUGAAUUAAUUCAGGAAACCAUUUUGGAAUAUUUAUUCUGGUAAUACUCUUCCUUCUGGCGUUUAUUUUUUUUUUUUGUUAUUGCAAACAUAGCUGAUGUAACAUACAUAUUUUUCAUGAGCAAUAAUAAUAAACGCCGCUUUAGCGAUAGAUCUUUGAUGUGAAUUUUUGUGCUAAGUACUGAAAUGUCCUUAUGAGGCUUGGCAGGGAAAAUAGACGAUACUCUUUAGCACGAUUUAAAAUAUAGUUGACUGUAAUAGUCGCCACAUGCAAAUAUCCGUGAAUGAUGUUGUAUAUUAAUAAUUAUUUCAAAAGUGCAAGCAUAUUAUUCUAAAACAAAUGGUAAAGAAAAAUAUCUCAGUCCUGUUGCAAGAUUAUUCUUGUAAGAACUAUUAAAGUUGUAAAUCAACAACUAUACUAAUUCAGUCAAAAUAAGAGUUCUGAGUAAUAAUGAAAAAGGUAUAGAGUGAGAGAAUUAAAAAAAAUGCGAUUUGCCUGGAGAUUGUUUAGUGUCAAAGUGUGACAAAAGCCUAUAUAUUUAUAAUCCAAAGAAAAAGAACAUAUAUUUUAAUUAAUUGACUAUAAGGAUUUUUUUACAUUCUUAUUGCACUGUAGCAUUGCGUGCGAGCAAAUAAAUUUAUAACUUGCCGACUGAAUUUUCAAAAUGCAUAUGAAUUAUGAAUUUUCCAACGUAGCAUAAGAAUAAAAAUCUUAUUUUAACUACCAAUUAACAAAAUAUCCUGAGAUAUCAGUUUAUGAAAAUACAUAAUUGUACAUACAAUAUUACGUUCUUAUAUUUUAAAUCUUUUAUAUAUCACAUACUGUAUAUCAGCUUUACUGAAUGCUCACAAACGAAAUCUUGUACACAUCAAUACAUUGAUGAGCACAACUACAUUUUUGCAUACUUAUGGAUUUUGAUCAUAUAUUUUAUCAAUAAAAAUACGUUGUACGCCAAUUUAUGCACUGAAAA